ACCCGAGGACCGACGCUCUGACGCGCUCCGGUGCGUGAAUGUCGGACCGGUGGUUGAGUGGACUGUAGUAUGAAGCGCUAUGGGUUGGUGUGACCGCGGGGUUCAAACGCUGCUGGCAACAGCGGGGGCUUUCGCCGCCUUCAGCCUGAUGACCAUAGCCAUCGGGACGGACUACUGGCUCUACUCGAGGGCAAACAUUUGCAACGGCACCAAUGCCACGACAGACGAAACCCAGCCACAACCCAAAAGUAAGAAGGGCGAUCUCACCCAUUCCGGGCUGUGGAGGAUCUGCUGUAUUGAAGGCAUCAAUCAAGGCAGCUGCUACAGAAUCAACCAUUUCCCUGAUGACAAUGACUACGACACGGACAGCUCUGAAUACCUGCUACGUAUAGUCCGUGCCUCCAGCGUGUUCCCCAUCCUCAGCACCAUUCUGCUGAUGCUCGGCGGGUUGUGCGUCGGGGUGGGUCGGGUCUACAACAAGACGAACAACGUCCUCCUCAGCGCCGGCAUCCUGUUCGUUGCUGCAGGUCUGAGCAACAUCAUUGGCAUCAUCGUCUACAUCUCCAGUAACGCCGGGGACCCCAACGAUAAACGGGAUGACGACAAGAAGUACACUUACUCCUACGGGUGGUCCUUCUAUUUUGGCGCCCUGUCCUUCAUUGUAGCCGAGACUGUGGCCGUACUGGCCAUCAACAUCUACAUCGAGAAAAAUAAGGAAGUACGCUGGAGGGCCCGGCGCGAGUUCAUCCGCUCUCUCUCUUCCUCCUCCCCUUACUCGAGGAUACCGAGCUUCCGCUACCGCCGGCGGGCGUCGCGCGCCAGCUCUCACUCCACAGAGGCUUCCCGGGAGAACUCGCCGGUGGUCGGUCUGAAGGGCGCGCCGUCUUCCAGCGGACCCCUGGACGAGUUGUCCAUGUACGCCCUGGCGAGGGACAGCGUGACAGAGAACACGUACAGUCCCGAACACGAGGUGUCCGCCGAGUUCCUCCAGGUCCACAAUUGUUUCCCCAACGAUUUGAAGGAUGGGGUGAAUCGCAGGACGACGCCGGUCUGAGCUCCACCUUAAACCAGGGAGG